CUCACGGCGGAUGAGAUGGACGAGAGGCGGCGGCAGAACGUGGCCUACCAGUAUCUCUGCUACUUGGAGGAAGCCAAGCGCUGGAUGGAGGCUUGCCUGAAGGAGCCGCUGCCCCCUCCGACGGAGCUGGAGGAGAGUCUGCGCAAUGGCGUCACCCUGGCCAAGCUCGGGCAUUUCUUUGCUCCGGAUGUCUGUCCCUUGGGGAAGAUCUAUGACCUCGACCAGGCCCGUUUCCAGGCCUGUGGGCUCCAUUUUCGACACACGGACAACAUCAACCGCUGGCGGGAUGCUAUGAGCCGUGUUGGACUGCCUGUGAUUUUUCAGCCCGAAACCACUGAUAUCUAUGACAAGAAGAACAUGCCUCGUGUGGUGUAUUGCAUCCAUGCCUUAAGCUUAUACCUGUUUAAAUGUGGGCUGGCUCCCCAGAUUCAGGAUCUGUAUGGAAAAGUUGACUUUACAGAUGAGGAAAUAAACCACAUGAAAGGGGAGCUAGAGAAAUACGGCUUGCAGCUACCCUCCUUCAGCAAAAUCGGCGGCAUCCUGGCCAAGGAGCUCUCGGUCGAUGAGGCAGCAGUGCAUGCUGCCAUCCUGGCUAUCAACAAAGCGGUAGAAGUGGGGAUUGUGGCAGAGACCAUGGCGGCUUUGUGCAACCCCAGCGCCGUGCUGGUGGGUCUGCAGGAGAGUUUGGGAGGCCCCUACCAGGAAGAGCUCUGCCGGGCCAAAGAAGAGAAGGCCGAGAACGCAAAGAAUCGGAAACCUGAUGGGGAGGACAUUUACGAUCACUGUUUGACCCAAGCGGAAAUCCAAGGCAGCAUCAAUUUGGUGAACAGUGAGAGUGCCCUUGAGAUGGUGGAGGACGCUCUGGAGGCCCAGGACCCUCAGACCUUGUACCACGUUUUGCAAGAUCCUAUCCUGGCCCUGAAGAGCCUGCGGCGCGACAACGCCAGCUGGUACCUGGAUCAACUCUCUGCUGACCGGGAAGAGAAGGCCCUGGAAUUGGGACACGUUGACUUGCUUGAGCAAGGAGAAAUUCAAGCUGGACUUUAUGUGGCCAACCAGAGAAGUGAUCAGGAGCGGGCUGCCGCGCAUGCUGUGAGCCACAUCAACGCCUCCUUGCGAAGAGGAAUCGCAGAAGAGACGGUGCGCGCCCUGGCGAAGCCCGAGGCUCAGCUCCCGGAGGUCUUCCCCUUUGCCGCUGAGCUCUACCAGCAAGACCUGUCUGCCCUGCAGCGGCAGCAGCCCCAGGGGAAGCUGGCCCAGGAAGAGCUCUUUGUGGCCGUGGAGAUGCUGUCCGCCGUGGCGCUGGUCAACCAGGCCCUCGAGGAUGGAGACAGCGCCAGCUUCUGGAGGAGCCUCCUCAGCUCCGGCCUGGGCCUCUGCGGCGUCGAGGAGAGCCACGCCCAACGAUAUUUUGAGGGCCUGUCCAAACAGAAGUGCCUCUUUCGGGAAAACCGGCGGAACUUCCUGAGUUGGAACGAUAUCCAGGCCUCAGUGAACGACGUGAACGGCUUCGUCCAAGAAGAGCAGGAAAAAAUCCUGGCUGUCCGGCUGAUCAACGAGGCUCUGCAGGGCGACUGUCCGGAGAAGACCCUCAGGGCUCUGCUCCUGCCAUCGGCCAACCUCGCCGAUGUGAUGCUCCCCAGAGCCCAGCGGUACCAUUUUGUUCUGGCCCAGAUGUCGAGGCAGAAGGCCCAGGUGACAGGAGACCCCGGAGCGCUCUUGUGGUGGGAAGAAAUCCAAGAGGGGGUCUGCAGGGCCAACCAAGACAGCAAAGCUGCACAGCAAAUGGCCCUGGGCGUUGCUGCCAUCAACCAGGCCAUCAAGGAGGGGAACGCAGCCCAGACUCUGCGCGUCCUGCGCAAUCCGAACGUGGGCCUCUGUGGCCUGGUGGCAGAGUGCGCCGUGGCUUAUCAGGCACAGUUCUCUGCCGUCCUGGCAGCACGAAGGCCGGCAGGGGGCCACCCAGAGGCGCUCUGGGCACGGCACAGACUGAGAGAUGGCUCAGAGUACUACUUCCACCUGCGGUCCUUUGAGGGGUCCUGGGAGCGGCCCCAGCCCCUCACCCUCAACACGGCCCAUCUCAGCCAAGAGGAGAUCCAGGCGGCCAUCAACUGCGUGUCUUCCGCACACGACCGGGAGCGCCUCUGGCAAUCCUAUGCCUGGCUUGUGGUCCAGCUGCAGGCCCGGAUGAGGGGCUUCCUGGUCCGCCACCACUGGGCGACUCGGCAACGGUUCCUAUCCCAGCAGAUGCCGGCAGCUACCAAAAUCCAGGCCACCUGGCGUGGGCACCUGCAACGCAGAAGCUACUUGGAGAGACUGCGCUACUUGCGGAGGAACACAGCUGCUGCGAUCAAAAUCCAGUCCUGGGUGCGGAUGUGGCUUGCCCGAAAACAGUACCUGGAGCGCCUGCGCUACUUCAGGAAGAAUGUUGCAGCCGUGAUUAGGAUCCAGGCCUUCGUUCGAGCGAACAAGGCAAGAGAGGCUUAUAGGGUGCUGGUGCACAGCAGGGACCCCCCGCUCAGCGUCAUCCGACGUUUCGCCCACCUGCUGGAGCAGAGCCAGCGCGACUACCAGGAGGAGAUGGAGCUGCUGGGGCUCCAGGAGAAGCUGGUGAGGGGGAUCCGCUCCAACCAGCAGCUGGAGAACGACCUCAACCUCAUGGACAUCAAGAUUGGAUUGCUGGUCAAGAACAGGAUCACCCUGCAGGAGGUGGUGUCGCAUUGCAAGAAGUUGACCAAGAAGAACAAGGAGCAGCUCUCCAGCCGGAUGGACGAGAGCAAGGAGAACGGGCUGAAGGCGCUCAGCAAGGAGAAGCGGAAGACGCUGGAGGCCUAUCAGCACCUCUUCUACCAUCUGCAGACUCAGCCAGUGUAUCUGGCCAGGCUGCUCAUCCAGAUGCCACCCAACAAGUCGACCAGGUUCAUGGAGUCGGUGGUCUUCAGCCUCUACAGUUACGCCUCCAGCCCCAGAGAGGCUUACCUCCUGCUCCAGCUCUUCCGGCGCGCCCUGCGAGAGGAGAUCGCGUCCAAAGUGACUCAGCUGCGGGAGAUCCUCACAGGGAACCCCACUGUGAUCCGCAUGGUGGUGAGCUUUUAUCGCAAUGCCCGUGGGCAGAACGCCCUGCGCCAGAUCCUGGCAGAGCCAGUGCGGGAGGUUCUGCAGAACAGGAGCCUGAGUAUUCGCACCAGCCCCGUGGAGAUCUACAGGGGGUGGAUCAACGAGAUGGAGUCCCAGAGUGGACAGCAGAGCCAUCUGCCAUACAAUGUCACCCCGCAACAAGCCCUCGGUCACCCAGAGGUCCAGAGGCGGCUGGACAUCUCCCUCGGCCAUCUCCUCGUGCUGGCAGACAAGUUUCUCUCGGCCAUCCUUUCGUCGGUGGAGAAGAUCCCGUACGGAAUGCGCUACAUGGCCAAAGUCUUGAAGGCAACCUUGACUGAGAAGUUUCCAGAUGCCUCCAAGGAAGAGAUCUACAAGGUGGUGGGCAACUUGCUCUACUAUCGCUUCAUGAACCCAGCGGUGGUGGCACCAGAUGGCUUUGAUGUUGUGGACCUCUCUGCUGGAGCACCCCUGCACCCCGACCAGAGGCGCAAUUUGGCCUCAGUGGCCAAGAUCCUGCAGCACGCGGCUGCCAACCAGCUUUUCGAGGGAGAAAACAGCCACUUGAACGUGGUAAAUCAGUACCUGGAGGAAGCACACCAGAAAUUCAGAGCAUUCAUCAACACAGCCUGUUCGGUCUCUGAACCCGAAGAGAGAUUUAAUGUGGACAAAUAUUCUGAGCUGGUGGCUAUCACCAAACCAGUGGUCUACAUAACAGUUGGAGAGCUGGUCAACACCCACAAGUUGCUGCUGGAGCACCGGCACUUCCUGGCUCCCGGUCCCCAGGAUGUUCUGCACAAACUUUUGCAAGACCUUGCAGAGGUGCCAACUGUUGCCUCGUUGAUAGGCCACAGCCUGGGACAAGGGGCGAACGGGACCUGGGAGGAUGCUAUGUCCCAGCUCUCCAGAACGGAGCUCUCGCUCGUCCUCAGCAGCAAAUACGGCGGGGUGGAAGCCGAAGCCAAGGGGGAAACAGAUGCCAAAGGCCUGUGGCUGAGCACCAAACAGAUGCUGGUGGAUGUGAUCCAGUCCCAGCCUGGAGACUCCCUGGCUGAGAUCCUGCACUCAGAGGCAUCGGAAGAGGAGGAGCAGCUCCACCGACGGCUACUGCAGAGAAGGGCCACCGGCCACCCCCAGGGCCAGAAGCGGGCACUGCACGGUCACUCCCAGGCUGGCAGCGGCCAUCUUUCCCUGGAGGAGAAGAAGAAGAAAGUCCUGGAGCGCCUGGCUUUGGUGGGCUCGGCCAACCCGUCCCGGGCCCUGCUCGGCGAGAUUGCCCAGGACAUCCGCUCUCAGAGGCAUCACCGGCAGCGCCGCAGGGGGCAGCUGGCCAAGCUGCAGCAGACCCUGCGAGGCCUGGCCGCCAAGCGUCGCUUCUACCAGGAGCAGGUGGACUACUACCAGAAGUACCUCCGCACCUGCCUGGACAACCUGGCCGCCGCAGACAAGUAUGGGGCCCGGCCGGCUCGGGUAUCGAGGGGACCCGGCAAGAAACAGGCUGUGCUGCAUUACACAGCGGCCCGUCUGUUUGAGAAGGGGGUCCUGCUGGAGAUUGAGGACCUCCCGCCAAACCAACUUAGAAAUGUCAUUUUUGACAUUAUCCCUUCCCGGGAAGCUGGCAAGUUUCAGGUCAAGGCGAAGUUUAUGGGGAUCGAUAUGGAAAACUUUCAGCUUACUUACCAGGACCUCCUCCAGCUCCAGUACGAAGGUGUGGCUGUCAUGAAAAUGUUUGACAAAGCCAAAAUCAACGUCAACCUUCUAAUCUUCCUUCUGAACAAGAAGUUUUUCAAGAAAUAA